AUGGAUGUAAAGAAAGAAAAUAAUAAUAAGGAAAGUGAUAAUAGUUUAAAUUAUUAUAAAAAACAAAAAUGGAAUAAUUCAGAAGAUAGACAAAUAAAAUAUAAUAAUAAAAAAAUUAAUGGCCAUAUAGAAAAUGGAAUUAUAAAUAAAAAUGGUAAAACAAAUCAAGACAAUUCAAGUAGUGAUGAAAAUCCAACAGAUGAAUUGGGGAAAGGAAAUAUAUUUGGUGCAUGUGAUAAAAAGGUUUAUGACAAUAAUAGGAGCAAAAUGAAAAAAAAAAAAAACAUCCAUCAUAAAGAUCUAAGUUACACCACCGACCAAAUUUCUGAUAAUAUAAGUGACACAUAUAAAGUAUUAAUAGAUAUAUGUUUAAAUGAAAUUCGUAAAAAAAAAAACAAUAAUUUAGAUGAGAAAAACACGAAUUGCAGUGGAAUGAUAAAAAAUAGUUACAAUGCUCAUGCAAAUGUUAAUGAUAUGGAAGACGAGUUUUCUUUAAACUUUGAAAAUUUUAAAAACUCAUCCCAUAAAGAAAAUUAUAUAUCUAUAAGCAAAAAACAUCCAUUAAAUAAUGAUUAUCUUUUUAAUAAUUUUGGACAGUUUAAAAAAAUACGAAGUAAAUCUCCCGAUAUAAGUAUAAAUAAUAAAAUAGACAAACAAGUUGACAAUUUUGUUUUUGAAAAUUAUGAAGGAAGCAAGGAAAACGUGUUUAGUUUCUCACGUAGUGGAGUAUAUAUGGGCUCCCCGACUAAAGUCGACCCUAAUUUGAUUUACCACAAAAAUUAUCUCGGUCUUAAUGCACAAGGAGUGAAUCAUAAUAAAGGGAUUAUUGAUAAGAAAGCCAAUUAUAGUACAAGCAAUCAUAUUUUUGAUAAAUCUUGUGGAAAUAACGAUAUAUAUAAUCAGAAUAAUUAUAAUUUAGAAAUAAGAAAUGGUAAUAAAAUCUUAGGUGAUUUGAACAGAGAGACAACCAUCAUAAGUGUAGGGUCUCUUAUCGAUGAAAUUGAAUAUGUAGAAGAUUAUGAUAAAACGACGAAAAAUAAAAUAUACAAGGAUUAUAAUCAGAGGAAUAUGCAUGAUAGUUGUUCUACAAGAAAUGAUAUAGAAAAUGAUAUGUUCAAUAUUUUUAAAAAUGUUAUAAAUAUGUUAACUUAUAAAUAUCCAGAGCAUGACAUAAAAAAAAUUUUUUUUAAUAGCCAAAAUCGAUUAAAAAAUGAAUAUGAGAAUAAUAAAAACGCAUCAAUAAAAUUAACAAGUUAUGAAUGUAAUAAAUAUAAUAAUAUAUAUAGUUUAGUGAAACAGAAAUUAUAUUAUACAAAAAAUGAUAUAAAAAAUAGAAAUGACAUAUUAAGUUGUCAAUAUAAAUAUGAUAUAUAUAAUAACCACUGUGUUAAAAAUAUACAAAGAAAUGUGACUAUUUUAUCACAUUUUUUACCGCAUACAAAAAAUCGGAAUUUUAUAACAAAAAUAAAAUUUGAUCAAUAUUCUGAAAAUAUUUUAACAUCAGGAAUAGAUGGGUUUAUAAAAAUAUAUCAUUUAAAUACAGGUAAUUUGAUAUCUUGCAUUCGGGCUCAUAAUUAUGCAAUCACUGAUUUUGACAUCCAUCGAUCAAACAAAUAUAUAAUUUCAUGUGAUGAAAAAGGGAUAGUAAAGUUUACAAGUGUAGAUAAAUAUAAAAGUAAAAAUUUAUUAACUUACCGAAGGACACUUUCUAUGAAGAAUGUUUUUUUCUUUUACAAUGAUAUUGAGAAUAGAAUUGGUAGAAGUACGGGCUAUAAGUAUAAGACAUAUGCACUAUGUUCCACCAACUCGUAUUUUUUCAUUAUACAUUUUGACGAUUUAAAUAAUGAUAUGCAAAUAAUAAAAUGGCUAAAUGUUACGCCUUUAAAAAAUUAUAAAUUCUCUUCCCAUUUGCAUUUUUCAUAUUCCCUAAAUUAUAACAUAGCGCCGUAUGUUUAUGAAAAUUUAAUCAUUUCAAAAAAUCCAAUAAAAGAGUUAAAAAAUAGUUAUUUAAUUUUUAUAAAUACAAAAAAUAAUUGCUUAGAUGAUUUUAAAGAUAAAGACUUUGGACCAUCUUCAUAUAAUAAAGUUGUUAAAUUUCAUUUAUCUGCAACUAACACAAUGGGAAAAAUGACAAAUUUUUCUAUGAAUAGUAUGAAAAGAAAAAAAAAACUCACAUUUAUCCUUUUAACUACAAAGGUAAUAUAUGAUAAUAAUGAAGAAAAUGAUAAAACGCUUAGUAUUACCCCGGAUAAUAUUAUUAUAACAAAAUAUGUCAACAAGAUUGAUAAUAAUUUAAAUAAUAAUGGAAAUGGUGAUGAUGUUAUUGAAGUUUCUUAUAAAGGAGAGAGAAAAAAAAAUAAUAAUGACGAAGAUAUAGAGUAUAAAAAAAUACAUCAAAAUUUUGAAAUUAAUAUUUUACAAAAUGUUAAAAAUAAUGUAGGAUCUGUUUUGUUUAAAAAAUUUGAAGAUUUUAAUGACGAAAUAGUUAUGUUUGCUUUUUCAAAUACAUGCUCGAAUUUUGUUACAACUCACAUAAAUGGUGCAAUAUAUUUCUGGAAUCUUCGAGACUAUCUUACCAAUAUUACAAAAAGAGAGAUUAAGGGGGAAAAAAAAAUUCCUAUUUGCUGCUUUUACACAUCUCUUUAUGUUGAAUUUGUGUUGGAAUCGUCCGCUAUUAAUGAAACAAAUAAAGCCAAGAAUAAUAAGAAUGAAAAUACCAAUAAUAAUAAAAAUAAUAAUAACAAUAAUAAUAAUAAUGGAACCACAAAUAAAAAUAAAGAAACUGAAAAUAAUAAUUUAUUUGUUAUAUCGUCUACAUCAUGCUCUUCUUAUUGUUAUUCAUCAAGUGAUAUGGGCAAUACUUCAAAAAGUGAUUCAAAAAAUAGUAAAAUGAAAAAAAAAAAAAAUAAGGCAAACACAUCAAAUAAUCCGAAUACAGCAAAUGCAGCAUCUUUAAAUAGCAUAUAUAUUAGUGAAAAUAAUAUUGCGACCAAUUUAGGUGACAAUAGCACUAUAAUGAUAGGUAACACCAAUAUUAGAACCGGAAAUAAUAAUAAUUUUUCUAAUACCUUUUUAAACCAAGCAAAUAAUAAUAAAAAGACCAAAAAUACAACUAAAGAUGAUGCAAUAAAUCCGGUUGGGAAUGAAAAAUCUAAUACUAAGCCAAAAUUGAGAGCAAAGAAAUUGCAUUAUAAAAUAAGUAACAUAAAUUUUAAUGCAUCAGACGAAUAUAUUAUCGUUGCUGAUGGAAUUACGAAUAAAUCGAACUCAACAAAGGAAAUGAUAAAUGCUGUUACGAUGAAAACUAAUAUUUCUAUAUUUAGCUUACUAAAUUUUGAAGAAAUAAAAUACUUCGAUUUAAAAAAAUGUGACAGUUAUAUUAGCUUUAUAGAGCCUAAUCCGAAUUAUAAAGAUAUUGUUUUAUUUGGUUGUUUUCGUAAAUAUAUUUAUUUGUUAAAUUUAGAGAAAAAAAAAAUUAUAAAAAAAUAUUCAUAUGAUAGUGAAUUAAAAAAUUUAAAAGCACAAUGGAAUAAAACUGGUUAUACAUUUAUUGUUUCACAUAAUUAUGGCUACUUUUCUAUUUUUACAUUAAAUAAAAAUUAUUCCUAUAAAUUAACAUUAACAGAACAAAUAACAUCUUCACAAAUUUGUUACCUUAAUGAAAAUAAUAAUAAUAAUAAUGAAAGAGUUGAUGAUUUUGAUAACUUAAAUUUAUUACCUGAAUUUUUUUUAUUUGAUUCAUAUUAUCCAAAUAAUGAAUAUGGAAGAAAUGGUAAUUCAAAUCGUUACGAGUUGAGGGAUUAUGGUAACUUCAUUGAUAUAACUAACAAUUUAGAAAGCGCAUUUAAUAUUGGAAGUAUUGUGGGUACAAACUCAAACAAUGGGUUACUUAUUAUCCAAAAUAGCCAAAACCGUAGUAGUCGUUCAGAACGAUGCGAUACUUCUAAUAAUAUGCAUGAUAAUAAUGAGGAAAAUAAUGAUGGUUUUGUAAAUGAUAAUAGCACUUCAGAGUUAUUACGAAACCGAAGUAAACACCGAAGAAAAAAUCGAAGGAUCAUAGAAGAUAGUUCUGAUUCGUCAAAAAAAUCAAACAACACAAUAUAUACAUUAUAUAGUAAUAGUAAUUCGCGAUGUUCUGGGAAAAAUAGUAACAAUUCUGUUUUUUCAGAUAAAAAAAGUAAAAAAAAAAAAAAUUCUAGCAAUAGCAAUAAUGAUGAUAUAAAAAUAAUAGAUAAAAAAAUAUCACAGCCAAAUAAAUCUCAUAUAAUAAACUUAGAAAAUAUGCCAGUUGGGAACGAUGAAGUUAUUACUGUAGAAGAUGUGUACAGCGAAUAUGCACAGGAAAAUUAUAAAGAAAAUGGAAAAAAGGUGAAGAAAAAUGAGAUAAUAAAUAUUGACAAUGAAAUGGAUAGCAACAAUCAUAUGAAAUAUUUUGAUAGUAAAAAGAAAAAAGGUAAAUAUUUAUUAAAAGAUAAUAAAAAAAAUAAUAAAAAAAUAUCAAAUGCAAAUGACGAUGAUGCAUUCUUAAUCGAAGAUAAUGAAUGUAUACAAAUUAAUGAUAAUAAUAUUGUAUAUAUUAAUAAUUCAUAUGAGUCGGUAUUAGAUGAUAGUAACAAAUUUGAAAAUAUUGAAAAAAUUAAAAAAUUAAAAACGUUUUUUAUAUUAAAAAGUGAUGAUAUCAAAACUUCAAAACCCAAAAAGGAAGAUGAUCAUUCAUUUUCUGAUUGUAAUUCUUAUUUUGAUCAAUAUAGUUCUAUUACCUUUUUAAGUGAUGAAUCAGAUUAUUAUAAUUAUUCAAAUUAUUUGGAUAAUCUCAAAACAAAUAGUAGUAGUAAUGAAAAUAGCAGCAAUAAUACUUAUGAUAGUAUUAGUAGUAUUGAGGCUUAUGAUACAAAUUCAUCUGAGCAAUACAUAGAAAGGAUCUUUGAAGAAAAUACAUUUAGACAUUCACAAUGGGGUAGCGAAAAUAUUAUGAACCGGCUUAAGAAAAAAGGCAAAACUUAUAAAAUACAAUACGAUGCGCAUGCUUAUAAAAAAGGAAAUCCAAAAGAUAAAACGAGGAGCAAAAAAAAAGGGAAAACUAAAUGUAAGCAUACUGAAAGAGUAGAAAAAAGUGAUGAUAAUGAAGAAAACAGAGUGAUUUUAAACAAUUUUAACAAUCCUAAUAUAUUGGUUGAUAAAAAGUUCAAAAUAUAUGAUCAUGAAUUGCAACCUUUACUUCCACAAUUCACUAGUUUCAAUUGUAAAAAUAAUUAUUUUGAAUAUUUAAAAACAAAAAAUUUUGAUUCUAUUUAUUUACAUUUAAAUUAUUUUAAUUUUUUAAGAAAAAAAUUAAAAAAUAAUAAUGAUUUUAACUAUAAAAUCCUUCUUCUAUAUGGAAUAGUAUAUGAUCUUUUGUUAAUGUAUGGAAAUUAUUUACCUAAUUUUGAUAAAAGAUUAUUAAAUAUGUUUUGUUUGAAAGUAUAUCACGAAAAAAAUACAAAUUUUAAUAAAUCUUGUGAAAGUUCAUCCUUGCAAAAAGAUGAAACAGAAACUGAAAGUUAUAAAAAAAAACCUAAAGAAUAUGAUAAAAAAAUUGUGUCUUAUAAGAGUGAUAAAAGUAUAGGUGAGUUAAAUUAUGAUAAAACAUUCUCAAACAAUUCAACAACUGUUGUGUGUAAUAAAAUCGAAGGAAAAAAUAUGAACACAUUAUCUCGAACAAUAGGAAGCAAAUUAUUUGGUGAGCCAUUUAGAAAUAGUAAGGGGAAAAUGAGCUCCCUAUUUAUAAAUGAAGAUAUUUGUAAUAUAAAAAAUAAAAAGGAAAAGAAUUUUAUUAAAAAAAUGAAUCAAUACAUAGAAAGAUAUUUAAAAAAAACCAAUAAAUAUUCAAAUAGUGAAAAAGAUAAAAAGAGAUUUAUGAAUGUAAUGAAAAUGAGUAAAAUAUAUAAAAAUCUAAAAAAUGAAAAAAAUGUGUUUUAUGACUUUUAUAACGAUGAUUACAUAAAACAUAAAAAUGGAAUUAACCUGUCAAUUUUUUAUCAGCUUUUAAAAAGAUUACCAUGUAAAGAUGAAGAAGAUGUAGACUCAUUUAUUUAUUAUAAUAAAAGAAAUUAUUGGAACAAAAAUAUUAAAAUAUUAUUUAAAAAAUAUUUAUCGCAUUAUGAAUUAGUAGAUAAAAACAAAAAGGAAUAUGAUUAUAAAUUAUUUAUUUAUUCAAAUAAUAAUACUAUUGUAUAUAUGAAUGAUACUGUUAAAAACUUAUUACAUGUUUUGGAUGAAAAACAUAAGAAAACAUUAGUGAGAGAAAAUUAUAAUAUAUUAAAUAAUUUAUCAUUGAAAGGCAGAAAUUGCAUAAUUAAAAAUAUUAAUAACCUUUUUACUUGCGAAUAUUUUAAUCCAUAUUCUGUUUAUGUAAGAUCACCUAUAGAUAAUUAUGAUCUAGGUAGUUCGAUAAAUUAUAAUAAUUCAUUUUUCCAAAAUUAUUCAGGAUAUAAUGAUUUAUUUAAUGUGCUCAGAAAUAAUAUAUAUGAUGCUAAUUUUGAAAAUAUAGGAAAUCUUACUAAUCGAACCGCACCAUAUACUAAUACUGUUAGAACAAACAAUCGUCGAAAUAACACUAAUAGAAUAACAAGCCAUUUAUUUAAUUAUGAAAAUUUAGCGCAUCCAAACCAAAAUACUGAAAUAGCAGUUAUAAGUGAAGGCUCAUCUGCUUUUACUAGUGAUCAAUCUGCUAACUAUUUCAUAGAAGAUGAUUAUGAUGAUGAUUAUGAUGAUGAUUAUGAUGAUGAUUAUGAAGAUGAUUAUGAAGAUGAUUAUGAAGAUGAAUAUGAUGAUGAUUAUAGUAAUGAUUCGAAUUAUUAUAGAAGAAGAAGUAGAAGAAAUACUACUAGAAAAAGACGACGCACACAUAGAAGUGUUAGAUCUAGUACUAGAAAUAAUAGAUCACAAAGAAAUACAAGAAAUAAAAAGAAAACUUCUAGGAGAAAAAAAAAUAGCCGCACAACAGAAAAUACUACUAAUGCUACUUCUUCUAGAAAUUUGAAUGUCAGAAAAAGUAACAGAUUAAAGAAAAAGGAAGAACAAAACAUUAGCACAAAUAACGGAAAUGCCAAUAGCCGACAUUUUAGAAAUUCUUCUAACAACUCAAGAAAUAGAUACAAUACUCGAUCAUCGAAUAACAACGGAAGCAGAAGUUUUAUUAUAUAA